AUGGCAAAGUCUGACAAAGCGGCCAAGAAGGCCGACAAGCCCUCCAAGGUCUCCAAGGUCUCCAAGAAGGACUCCAAGGAGAACAAGGAUGCUGCAACGCCCAAGAAGGGUGCUGCCGCGUCCUCUGCCGCUGCUUCAGCCACUUCGCCGGCCCCCCAGCUGCUCGAUCUCGUCGAGUCCUUCCUGACGCAGCACGACUUCUCCCAGGCCCGCGACGCCUUCAAGGAGCAGCGUGAGCGCAACGGCUGGCCAGCAUCGCCUGCUGUCGGUGCCGGUGCCGCGUCCCUCGAGGGCGUCUUUGCCACCUUCCAGACGUCGACCCAAAAGAAGGCGGUCGAGGGCAGCGAUGGCGAGGACGACGAAGAGGCGGGCGAUGUCGACAUGAAGGAUGCCGAGUCGGACGACGACGAUUCGGACGCGUCGUCGAGCUCGUCUUCGUCCUCUUCGUCUUCGUCGUCUUCGGACAGCGACGGCGACAGCGAGAGUGGCGACGACAAAAAGGUGGCCAAGACAAAAGCCAAAAAGCCCAAGGCCAAGACGGAGGCUGUCCCUGUUGCCGUGGCGGCCAAGCCCAACCCCCUGAAGCGCAAGGCGUCGUCGAGUAGCAGCUCGUCGUCCUCGUCGUCGUCCUCGUCCGACUCCGACUCCGACUCUGAUUCCGACUCCGACAGCAGCUCGAGUUCGUCAGGGGCGGACCGCAAGCACAAGCUGAAAAAGGCCAAGCUCAGCAAGAAGGACGACUCUUCGUCGUCGUCCUCUUCGUCUUCCGAGGAGGAUGCCAGCAGCUCGUCCGACGACGAUUCUGACUCGUCGGACUCGAGCUCCGACUCUGAUGAGUCCAGCUCCGAUUCUGAAUCUGAAUCUGAAUCCGAAUCCGACUCCGACUCCGACUCAUCGUCCGACUCGGACUCGUCCUCAUCUUCGUCUUCCUCCUCUUCAUCCGACUCGGACAGCGACAGCGACUCUGACAGCGACUCCGACAGCGACUCCGAGUCGGAGACGGAAAAGGCCGCCAACGUGCCCCUCCCCGAGUCGGGCAGCGACAGCAGCGCGUCCAGCAGCGACGCGGACAGCGACGACGAGAAAAAGACCAACAAGGACCAGACGAGCAAGAAAGAGGCCAAGGAUGCCGAAAACGGCUCCGACAGCUCCGCCACCAUCGUCGGCCAGUCGUCGCCCGGCCUGUCGGGCACCGACCCCAAGUUCCCGCCGUUCCCGCCCGACCCGGCCCUGAAGCAGAACAACCGCGGGCCCAAGGGCGCCAAGGCCCCGCCCAAGCAGCCCGGCGAGCGCUUCUCGCGCAUCGCCUCCAACACGUACGUCGACCCCAAGUUUGCGUCCAAUGCCUUCAACGCGCACGACUGGGGCCAAAAGGCGCACGAGGACCUGAUUGUCACGCGCGGCAAGGGCUUCACCAAGGAGAAGAACAAGAAAAAGAAGGGCAGCUACCGGGGCGGCUUCAUCGACACGAACGCACGCAACGGCAUCAAGUUUGAUGACUAG